AUGGUUACAAUCUUUGGUGCUAAAGGAAAAUCCAUAAGCUUUCCUCACUUGAAGUGUGUUCAUGGUUUCCUUUCUUUUUCUUCUGAUAGUAAGCUAGAAAACCAACUACCUUGGAUGGUGCUUGAGCAUUUGUUCAGCAUGUUCACGGCCCCUGUAAGCGAUAUGACCCUAAUUGAACUUGCCAUUGCAUUCUUUUGUGAUAUUUACGCAUUCAGGCAGCCUGCUAGAUCUCAUGAUUAUCUUCGAGACAUUAAACAUAUUCCUGACCUGGUCAAAAAAGGGAUUGUUUCAUCGAUUGAAGUAGACGAAGAAAAGAUACCGCAAUCAGGAUGGGAACUCAUACCUUCUGCUACACAUCUCGUAGAGGCUGGAAUCAAACUUCGAAAGAGUAGGUCCAAAAAUAUGUUGGACAUAAAAUUUGAAAAGGGUGUCCUCGCAAUUCCUCCAAUAAGAAUUCAUGAGACCACAGAAACAGUUUUUAGGAAUCUCAUCAGCUAUGAGCUAUGUUACCCCAACAGUGACGAUAGGAUCACUUCCUAUGCCAUGCUCCUGGAUAAUCUCAUUGACACUGCUAAGGACGUAGAGAUACUCUGUGAAAAUGGCAUCAUUUGUAAUUGGUUGAAUACAGAGGAUGCGGCCCGAUUCUUCAACAAGCUUUACCACAGAACUUGUGUCGUGAAUAGAUAG